UCAGAUGUUGUUUGUAUGGUGUAUAUGGCUAAAUGUUAGCAACAACCAGGUAGAAGGAGGAGCAGAGAUUGAUGAAAACUGUAAAGAAAAUUGUGUAUGCUGUAAACAAAGAUCAUGUGGACUAAAAUUUAGGUUUCAUAACGCUUGUAAUUUAGGCUGUAUUGAUGGUCAUAGAGGUGCACGCUGUUAUGAACUAUGUACACACAAUUGUACAGAAUGCGAAAAAGGUGUAGAUGAGUGUACUGCUUGUUAUGAUGGAUAUUACCCCGGGCGUGCUGGAGACUGUACAUCGCCAUGCUUACCCGGAUGUAAAACAUGCACGUCAGGUACCACAUGUACAUCAUGUAAGGAGGGAUAUAAUAAUGACAAUGGUGGAAAUGAUUGUAGUAAUCGUUACUGUCCUGAAAAUUGCUAUUGUGAUAAUGGUAAGUGUGCAUCAUGUAAGGGCGGAUAUUACGAUACCAGUAAUAUAUGUUCAAGUUUAUGUCCAGGCAACUGUAUCACGUGUUCGUCGAGGACAGAUUGUGGAUCGUGUAAGGAUGGGUAUUAUAACGGUUACCAGAACGACGCCAAUCUUCCUUCGUUAAAUGACUGUACAUACAAAUGCCGAGACAAGUGUGUACGAUGUUCGUCCUAUAACAGUUGCUCGCUUUGUCAAAGUGGUCAUUAUGGACAAAACUGUGAGAACAGUUGUUCAGCCGGUUGUAUGUCAAACACUUGCGAUAUACUGACUGGAAACUGUUAUUGCUCUCCUAAUUUUUCUGGAGUAAGAUGUGACAAAUGCAAAACCGGGAAUUAUGGAAAUAUGUGCGAUCAGCAAUGCUCCGCAGGGUGUAAAAGUAGCGUGUGUGAAAAAGAUUCCGGAAAUUGUACUGACGGAUGUUCUAUAGACACGAUCGUUGGGGAUAAAUGUAACAUUUGUUUAAUCGGCUGGUAUGGGCAAUACUGUAACACAUCUUGUUCUGUUGGCUGUAAAAAUCAGCAAUGCGUGAAAAGUAAUGGUGAAUGCUCAUAUGGAUGUGUUGAUAACUUUAAAGGAGGAAAUUGCAAUCAAUGCAAACCUGGCAAACAUGGGGAGUCAUGCCAAAGUGACUGUCCAAAGAACUGUGACGAGAACGGCUGCUUUAAAGAGUCCGGUAAUUGUAAAAAUUGCCAUGACAACUUUGAUGGAGAGAACUGUGAUAGAUGUCGUCUUGGUUUCUAUGGUUCAUUUUGCUCCGUGAGAUGCCCGAAUAAUUGUUUGAACAAUGUAUGUGAUAGAGAUACCGGCACGUGUUCUGAUGGUUGUUUAGACAAUUAUUCUGGUGAUAGAUGUUGUAUAAGUAAUAAAAACUGUAUCAAAUGUUUAUCAGAUACUACCUGUAAACAAUGUAAGGCUGGAUACUUUAAGGACAAAUGUGACAAAAAAUGUCCACAGAACUGUCGUCUAAAGGCCUGUCAUAUCGAAACUGGUCUUUGUGAUGGUUGCAAAGAUAACUUUUAUGGUGAUAGUUGCAACUUUUCAUGUGCCUCUACAUGCAAGACUCAAACAACAACAAGUGGAAGUAUAUGUCAGCAAAGUAACGGAAAGUGUCUAUAUGGCUGUGUUGAUGGUUUCCAUGGUUUACAAUGUUCUGAGAACUGUUCCGUUUAUUGCAGCGAUACUCUAUGUGAUCAAGACGACGGCAGAUGUACAAAAGGUUGCAAAACAAGAGUAAAGGAUGACCCCAUUUGCUCCUCGGAUUCUGAUGAAGAUAAAGAUAGACAGGACAGUUUGAUUGAACCAAUAGUUGGAGCAAUCGUUGGAGUUCUGGUAGCAACAGCAGUAAUUGUUGGUGUUUUUCUUAUCUGCAGACGAAGACAAAGUAACAAAUCUCAAGGACAACGUUCAGAUCUUGAAAGUACUCAGUCUACCAGGGAAGACGAAAAGAAGCAUACAUAUGGAAACAUUUCUGAAAGGCCAUCAUCAAAGGCAGAUAAGGAAAGGAAGAGCGUUUUAAGUAUACCACCAUCUACUGCAGUAGACACAAAGCCGUCGGGGAACAAACCAAGAUCACCAGUCCCUGUGACAUCUUCGUCAGUUGAUAUUGAUGAGGUAGAAGUAGAUGAAGUUGAAUAUGAGAAAAAGGCUGAUAAUACCUACUAUAACAUUAGAGAGAGUCCGUACAGAAUUAAAGUAGACAACCUACUUAUAUAUGUUACAUCUGGAAAAGUGGACUUCGACGCUGAAUUCAAGAAACUCAACAAAGAUUUAGAUUUGACAAAACACUGCAGCGUCGCUAAAGAUCCUCAAAAUUUGGCCUUGAACCGGUAUAACGGAAUUUAUCCUUAUGACCAUUCCAGAGUGACCAUCCAAGACCUGCCAGAUUUCUUUAUAAAUGCUUGUUACAUAGAUGGUUACUGCAAGGAGAAAGAGUAUAUUGCUUCAUUAGGUAAUAUAGUAUAACUUGUGUCGUAAAUA